AUGGCGUCCGUCACCCGCUUCUUCUCGGCGGCUGCGGUCGUGUCCGUGGCUGCGGCCGCGGUGCUCGACCUCCCCAUCAUCGUGCAGAACGGCUACAAGACUGUCGAGAUCGACAUCGGCACGCCGGCCAAGACCUACCGUCUCCUCUUCGACACGGGCAGCUCGUCUUCCUGGGCGGUCGACAGCGAGUGCGCGAGAUCGACUUGCGCCAACGUCAGCGGCUACGACCGCGUCGGCUACAGCAUCAACGCCUCGACCAGCGGCUCCUACACCGGCGGCUACGCCGACAUCGCCUACCUCGGCGGCGACACGGCCGGGCCGACCGUCUCGGAGACGUGGGCGGCCAGCGGCAUCAGCUGGCGGCAGGACUUCAUCGCGGCCAACGAGACCAACUGGGCGGCCAUGGCCGGCGACGGCUUCCUGGGCCUCGGCUUCAGCUCCAUCAUCGACGGCGGCGCCAACACGGUGGUCGAGACGCUCAUGGCGCAGGGCCUGCUCGACGAGGCCAAGUUCGGCAUCUACUACGGCACCGAGCACAACCAGACCGGGGGCGAGCCGGGCGACGGCGUGCUCACCAUCGGCGGCUCGCGCGCGGCGGACUUUGUCGACGGCGAGCUCGUCACGGUGCCCGUCACGCGCGUCGACGGCGGGUACGACGUGUGGCGGACCACGAUGCUGGCGAUCAACGGCACGCGGACGACGGCGGCGGACGGCAGCGUCGUCGAGACGGAGACGAGCUUCGACUUUGACAGGGUCGUCUUCGACACGGGCGCGGGCUCCAUCACGCUGCCGACGGAGAAGAACCUCGCGGCGUACGAGUCCAUCGGGUGGAACUACACGGCCAUCCUGCGCGGCGAGCACGUCCCGCUCUGCAGCGAGUUCAACGCGACGUGGUCCUUCAAGUUCACCUUCGGCGACUACCGCGACCCGCAGACGGUCGAGGUCACGGGCGACCAGCUGCGGCGGCCGGGGUUCGCGUACCGGGACGACGCGUGCUGGCCGCCAUUCCAGGACGGCGGGGCCGGGCUCGUCCUCAUCGGCACGCCGUUCCUGCGCAACUUCUACACCGUCUGGGACUACGGCGCGGCGGCGAACGAGACGGAGAUAGGGCGGUUCGACCCCAAGUUGUCGUUUGGGAAGCUGAAGAAGGGGAACUGA